AUGCAGAAGGCUGGGGCAGGGGGUCGGAGGGCCUCCGAUUGUGGCCCUAUCCUUCACAGACCCAGAUGCAUCACCAAGUUUGCUCAGUAUGUAGGCUCCUUCCCUGUGGAUGACCUGGACACCCAGGAAAGUGUGUGGCUGGUGCAGCAGCAGCUAUGGGCACUGAAGGACUGUCCCCGGCGCCGAGCUGUCAUCCUGAAAUUCAGUCUUCAGGGCCUAAAGAUGUACAGCGGGGAGGGUGAGGUGCUCCUGAUGGCUCAUGCCCUGCGACGCAUACUCCACUCCACCUGGUGCCCCGCCGACUGCCAGUUUGCCUUCAUUGCCCGAAACCCACGGAGCCCAGCCAGCAAGCUCUUCUGCCACCUCUUUGUGGGUAGCCAGCCUGGAGAGGUCCAGAUCCUGCACCUCCUCCUGUGCCGCUCCUUCCAACUGGCUUACCUCCUGCAGCACCCCGAGGAGCGGGCACAGCCAGAGCCUGGUCCAGGGCCUGGAGGGGAUGUGCCUCUGAAGCCACUGGCCAGUCCAGGGGCCCCCCCUGUCUUCGUGCGGGAACCCUUUGGCCGUGAUCAGGUUUCACAGAACGUCCAUGCACUGGUUUCCUUCCGGCGGCUGCCAGCGGAAGGAACAGCAGGCAGUGGGAAGGAACUGCUGGAGUUGGAAGGCCGGGGGGGCAUGCGUCACGCCCGCCUAGGGAAUCCAUACUGCUCACCCACACUGGUCCGCAAGAAGGCCAUUCGCAGCAAAGUGAUCCGCUCGGGGGCCUACCGUGGCUGCACCUAUGAGACUCAGCUGCAGCUGUCGGCUCGGGAGGCCUUCCCGGCAGCAUGGGAGGCAUGGCCUCGGGAUCCCAGCAGCCCCUCGUGCCUGGUGGAGAGUGAAGGCAGCUUGACGGAGAACAUCUGGGCUUUUGCUGGCAUCUCCCGACCCUGUAGCCUCGCUCUGCUAAGAAGGGAUGUGCUUGGGGCCUUCCUGCUAUGGCCUGAGCCAGGUGCUACCGGCCAGUGGUGUUUGUCAGUGCGCACGCAGUGUGGUGUAGUACCUCACCAGGUCUUCCGGAAUCACUUGGGCCGAUACUGCGUGGAGCAUCUCCCCGCUGAGUUCCCCAGCCUGGAGGCCCUGGUGGAGCAUCACGCCGGCACAGAGCGCAGUCUCUUCUGCUCCCUGGACAUGGGCCACCUGAACCCUGGCUAUGAGGAGCAGGACUGUGGGCCGGAAGGCAGGCCACCGCGAACUCUCCGGCCCCUGAGCCAUGCCAAGUCUGAGGCAGAGCUGCAGGGCCUGGGCUAG